UCUCACUGUGGCAGUUUGACGUAGUGCAGCAGCAGCAGCAGGAGGAGCAGUGCAUGAAGGACUGGUUGGUGAGAAACACAGCAGGAUGCAGAGAGCAGUGAUUCUGGUUUCUGUGCUGGUCCUGGGAUCAGCCUGGACCCUCCAGGGGGCCCAUGUGCUCCCAGAAUCUCUUACCCUCACACAGGAGAACUUUGAUCUGAGCCGGUUCAUGGGGCAGUGGUAUGAGCUGGCAGUGGUUUCUACCUGUCCUCACUACAUGAAGCGCAAGAGGGGAAACCCCGUCAUUGUCGCACUGGAGCUACAACAUGUUGCUUCUGAGAGCAACUUCACCAUGACGGCCACUAGUUUCAGGAAUGACUCAUGUAAGCAGACGUCCACAGAUUAUGCUUUGACCAACACUCCAGGACGAUUCUUCCACCAUAUUGCCAGGUUUGGAGCAGAUGUUGAUACAUACGUGGUUCAUACCAACUAUGAUGAGUAUGCAAUGAUGCUUCUGCUGAGCAUUGAGAAACCAUCAGGAAACGAAACCACCACAGCCAAGCUUUAUAGUCGAACAAUGGAUGUGACUCCUGCGGUGAUGGACAACUACAAAACAUUGGUGAGACAACUUGGAAUGAGUGAUGGCGCUAUCAUCAUGAAUCAGAACAGAGGCGAGUGUGUUCCAGGUGAUCUGGAGACAGAGCCAACUACUCAGCCUCAGAUUUCUGUUACCAAGAGGUUGAAGAGAAAGGUGGUGCCAGCUGUGAACUCCGGUAAUAUUUAACCACAUGGAUAAAUGAUUCGUUAUUUAAUGGUCACGUCACUAUAAACUCUAGUGUUUACUGUUUGUAUCAAAUUUUCUUCAGAAUUUUACGGUCACUCAGUCUCCCGCAGAUCACAUACGGUAGCCCAUGGGAGCAGUAAUGUACACCUGUAAACUAAUACUUAAAAAUACUACAGGGUCCUUUUUGUCCCCGUAUAUUAGCGGUGAGGAUAAGGAGAGGUUAAUAUAUAUUAAUAAAUGUAUGUUUACUGUAAGACUGCACAAGGUGAGAGGUCAUGUGGACAAACUGAAGAGGAGGGUCAUCACACAAACACUCACAAGACAAUCACGUUGUCACAUCUUCAAUGGAAAAAACAACUGUUAUUGUCACUGGUACUGGUUUCCUACAAAUGCAGUGCAAAUUGUAUGAAUAUGUUUCCAUCUCAUUGUUUUAUUGUGAUAUUGCAUUUUUCAUAUAUAUGAAAAGUAUUAAUCCAAAUUAAUUUGUAAUAAAAUGAUUCAGUGUUUA